UCUUCGUGAUUCGUGCAAAGGAUUAGACCGAAGGAUUAGAAAAUGGGACUGUCGAAGGCUUAUCUUUUAGUUUUGUCUCUGGCCUUCUGCCUCUAUUGCUUCCCACGUGUUAUCCUUGGCUCGGCAAUCAGUGUGGAUGGUUUCAAUUUGUAUAAAGAUCUUCUCCGUGGCAAAAAUGAUGAAUUCAAUGAAAUCAGUGACGAUGAAAAUGGAAUAGCACGCGUUAUUUACUUCUAUCGCACUCCAGCCGCGACUUACACAGAAUUCGCCAAGGAGUUCGAUGCAGAAGGACUCGGAAAGAGAUCUAGCAAAUACAGGAAUUUCAUGCUGAACAGAGAAGGACAGGAUGAUCCUGAGGACAUUGUCAAUCCGAGCAAAUUCUACUUUCCGCGCACAAUGCCCAAGAGAGGAGCCCUGCUCAGCUGGGCCAUUCCGGCGGCGAAUAGACCGCGUCGGCAACUCGAGUUAUCGCCCGCCAGGGAUAAACAGGCCCGCUGCAGCCGAGUAAUGACAUCUUGCAAGAACACGACAAUGCAACGCAAGACACAAACAGCAACGAAUCUGGACAAUGAAGCCAGAUAA